AUGCAGUUUUUGGCCUUACCCAGCACCGAUGCGUACGAUGGUCCAUCGUUGUCGAUGACAAUUGAGAUUGCCGCCACAUUAGGAGACGGGAUGUUAAUUCUGCUCCUUCCAAAGGGACGUGGUCGCGGAGUACGGAGCCGAGCUUCCUUUAUCCACAUAAUCAUCGGAUUGUCUUGCACUCUCCUCCUCCACAGCUUCAGGCCGCCUAUACUAGCCAUGGAUCUUGACUGUGCUGCUGUGCCUGAGAACUUCUUUUGUUUUAGUUCAGCGAAGCUCUAUCAAUCAGCUCUUCUAUCCCACGUCUUGCUGCCCAGAGAUUAACUUUGAUCUGCCUACUUACCGGUCCUUGCAGAGAGUUUUUUCUGUAACCUUCAACCUCCCCAAGCCAGUCAAUGAUCUGCGCUCCGGCAUCUGCGGUUUUUAAAUAUUUUAUCAUACCAGAUUUGUCCUCUAUCUCCAUCUUUUGUGUGCUGCUCUCCUUCUCUCUCCGCUCGGAGUUUGAUAAUUGAGCUUCCAGGAAUCCUCUUCUUCGUCCG